AGCCCUCUUCUGGAUGAUUCGUCAAUAUAAACCCAGUUGGCGUAGAGCAGGUAGAAGUGUGUACUGCUGCAGGCGUUGACGUCUGUCACUUCCAGACCAAGCUGCUUCAUCAAGAGGGCUCCGACCAAUCUCCUCCGUCAUCAAGAUGUCUUUGGAAUCCUACACGUUCGGGCCUCACAAAAUAUCCCACACGGGAGUAUUCUUCACCACUCAUCUUUCCUUUGCCAUGGUUAAUCUCCGCCCUGUCUCUCCUGGUCAUGUUCUCAUAUGUUCAAGGCGUGAGGUUAAGCGUGUUGCUGAUCUCACUGCUGAUGAGAUUUGUGAUUUAUGGCUCACAGCACAAAAGGUUGGUGGUAUGCUUGAGUGCUACCACAAAGCAUCAUCUCUCACAUUUACAAUCCAAGAUGGACCCCAGUCAGGACAGACAGUACCCCAUGUUCACAUCCACAUCGUGCCAAGGAAAGGUGGUGACUUUGAGAAGAAUGAUAAGAUCUAUGAUGCUAUAAACGAAAAGGAGCAAGAAUUAAAGAAAAAUCUUGACUUAGAUCAGGAAAGAAGGGACAGAAGCCUUGAGGAGAUGUCACAAGAGGCAGAUGAAUACAGAAAGAUCUUGUAAAUUUUCCUUUUUAUCGGCCAGAAACUUCUGCAGGUUAUCUUUUCCGCAUAAAGUUCAUGUUAAAUAAUAAUAAUAAUAAUAAUAAAUUUAUGCGUGAUUAUCUUGGUAA